GGCCGAAAUAUUAUUGUGCUUCGUUUCCCUAUUAAAACACGCACAGCGGCAGCAGCAGAGCAGCAAUCAUACAGAUACAUUUUACAUAGACACAGAGAGGGAAGAGGGAAGAGGGAAGAGGGACGAGUCGACUUACCCACCUCAGCCCAAGUUGGUCCAAUCAAUAUAUAUAUAUACAUAUACACACACACACACCCAUCUUUGAGAAAUUACAGAUAACCCUCUUCCUUCGACUUGUUUUUGGUAUUUUCAGAUCUUAAAACCCAUUUGAGCGAUCCUUUCUCAUUGAAGACUGAUUCGAAAAAAGAGGCGAUUCAGAUAAAAUAUCGCGUGAAUCAGGUUCAGAUAAUUCCUGAAUUUGAAGUCACCUGGUGGGCUGUUUCUUUAUAGUUUUGAGCUUGGUGCUCAUUGUUGGAAAAAGGACUAUUCCUGUGGAUAUAAACUUGUGAUGCAUAAUAUCUAAAUGAAGUUAGCCAAGGCGUGGGGUUUGGGCAUGAAAGACAUGCAGAUCUUGCCUCCGCCUCGCCAUCGUGCUCCAUUAAAAAAGCCAACUUGGAUUAUCGUAUUGGUUUCAUUGGUUUGUGUGUUCUUAGUUGUUGCCUAUAUUUAUCCACCUCAAACAUCUGGUGCCUGCUAUGUCUUCUCGUCUUCUGGUUGUAAUACAUUUACCAGUUGGCUUCCGCCUCCUGUAAGAGAAUUCACUGAUGACGAGAUUGCUUCUCAUGUGGUAAUUAGUAGCAUUUUGAACGCACCUCCAAUUGAGUCAAAAAAUCCCAAGAUUGCUUUCAUGUUCUUGAGCCCUGGAUCAUUACCAUUCGAGAAGUUAUGGGACAAAUUUUUUCAGGGCCAUGAAGGUAGAUUUUCAGUUCAUAUUCACGCAUCUAGAGAAAAACCAGUCCACACUAGCCGUUACUUUGUCAAUCGGGAAGUUCGCAGUGGCAAGGUAGAUUGGGGGAAAAUUUCAAUGGUUGAUGCAGAGAAAAGACUGUUGGCAAAUGCGCUCAAGGAUCCUGACAAUCAACACUUUGUAUUGCUUUCUGACAGCUGUGUACCCUUGCGGGAUUUCGACUAUGUGUACAAUUAUCUUAUGUACACAAAUAUCAGCUUCAUUGACAGCUUCGAGGAUCCAGGCCCACAUGGAAGUGGCAGGUACAUCGACCAUAUGUUACCUGAAGUUGAGAAGAAAUUCUUCAGGAAGGGUGCUCAGUGGUUCACGAUGAAGCGCCAACAUGCAGUCAUAGUUAUGGCUGAUAGUCUCUAUUAUGCGAAGUUCCGAGAUCAUUGCAGGCCUGCCAUGAUGGAUGGACGCAAUUGCUAUUCCGAUGAACACUACUUGCCAACAUUUUUCCAUAUGCAUGAUCCCAAUGGGAUUGCAAAUUGGUCGGUGACGCAUGUUGAUUGGUCUGAAGGAAAAUGGCAUCCAAAAUCUUACGGGGCGAAGGAUGUUUCCGUAGAGCUCCUAAAAAAUAUAACGUCCAUCACCGAAAGUGUUCAUGUUACAAGCGACGUAAGGAAGGAAAUCAUGAUCAUGCCUUGCCUGUGGAAUGGGAUAAACCGACCGUGUUACUUAUUUGCAAGAAAAUUCUUACCAGAGACCCUAGACACCAUGAUAGACCUUUUCUCAAACCAUACAAUGAAAGCAUGAGAUUCUUAGUUCUUAUUCUUUGGUUGGAAUCCAACCCCUUUUCACAUUGUUGUAAAGUUUAUCUUACAGAGAUGGUUAAGGACUGUAAACUUGGCUCAUCUUUAUGAGGUCAAGGGUACAUUUGGGAAAAACCUUUGAGAUUUUGAGUUAAUAGUGAAGAACACAUUUGAGUUGAUAGUGAAGAAGAAAGGUCAGAAGGGUGUUUUAUGUGUUAUUAGUCCCUUUGGGUUCAGGAGAUGGUUUAUAGUCUUAAUUUUUGCCCUUUAUUUUGGGCAAUAUUUGUACCACUUCUGGGACCAACUUUUUGGGUAAAAUCCAGAGCAAUGAUUGCUGUUUGUGUACA